AACACACAUAAAAGUUGCUGGCGAACGCAGCAGGCCAGGUAGCAUCUCUAGGAAGAGGUACAGUCGACGUUUCAGGCCGAGACCCUUCGACAGGACUAACUGAAGGAAGACUCGUUCUCAGGCUGAUGAGGAUGAUCUCACCUGCGGAUCGCUGGUAUUCCACCAAAUGCUGCUGUUGUCAUGUCCGCACUGGAACCAUAAUCCUGGGAGUCUGGUACAUGUUAAUCAAUGGUGCAGUGCUGUUGAUCCUUCUGUCAGCACUUGGUGACCCAGACCACUACCACCUUAUCCACGCUGAACUUGGCACCAACUUUGACUUCACAGACGAUGCUAGUAUAUGCAUUGCCACUGCAAUUUCGCUGCUUAUGAUUACAAUCUGCGGGAUGGCCACUUACGGAGCAUAUAAGCAACGCAGUGCCUGGAUCGUCCCGUUCUUCUGUUACCAGAUCUUUGACUGCGCCCUCAACACUCUUGUCGCAAUCAGUCUGGUUGUCUACCCAAACUCCAUCCAGGACUACUUGCAACAGCUGCCUGAUGACAUGCCAUACAAGGAAGACAUCAUGUCGAUGAACCCAACCUACUUGCUCUUCAUUGUUGUUUUCUUCAUUAGUGUUAUUCUGGCCUUCAAGGCAUAUCUGAUUGCUUGUGUCUGGAACUGCUACAGAUAUAUCAACAGCAGACACUCAGCUGAUGUCCUAGUCUAUGUGGCCAAUGACACUGCGGUUCUCCUGCCGCCGUAUGAUGAGGCUAGCAUAAUUACCGAGAAAGAUCCACCCCCACCUUACAUCUCUGCUUAAAGUUGCAAGAGAAACAAACUUAAGACAUGAAAAGAACACUCGUACGCACACUGUCUAACUAAACACUAUUUAAAAGCUAUCUUCAUUCCAUUGUGCAGCGUGUUUUGAUUAUUUUGGGAAUGAAGCAUUCCAUAAUUAUGAGUCUUGUUUUUCCUCCGGUUGUUGGUUUCAAAUGUAGAUAUCAUUUAUCCAUAAUUUAUUGCAUCCAGCGAUGUUUAAAUGAAAUGCCUCCUCUGAAAAUUGAUCAGUUUUAUUAUUCCCAUAGAUUUAUAAAAGUCAUCUGGGAGAGGAAAUGUUCUACUUAAUAUGGUAUCUUACAGCAAAAGUAAAAUGUGAAUUGGAAAAGUGUGUAAAAUUUUAGUAACUUUGAUUUCUUAUGAUUGUUUUGAACUUUAUUCUUCUUGUUAACAGUGUGUGUGUGUGUGUGUGUGUGUGUGUGUGAGAUGCCCAAGAUAAAAUUUCAUGGAAUCAUAGACUAGUGCAAUACAGAGAGCCGAUUCAACCCACUGGGUCUUUGAAAGGCCUCUUCAAUGUAACCCAUUCCCUCUGUCCUUCCCCCCACAUUUUCCCCUCAACUGUUUAUUUAACCCCAGAAGGGCCUGUGACCUGUGCUGUAUCUCUAAGUAAGUACCCCGAGUGUAGGUGGAUGAACAUAUUACAUAGAAUCAUAGAAAUCUACAGCACAUCACAGGCCCUUUGGCCCUUAAUGUUGUGCCGACCAUGUAACCUACUCUAGAAACUGCCUAGAAUUUCUCUAGCACAUAGCCCUCUAUUUUUUAAGCUCCAUGUAUCUAUCUAAGCGGCUCUUAAAAGACCCUAUUGUAUCCACUUCCACCACCUUUGCCGGCAAUGCAUUCGAUUCACCCUCCACUCUGUGUGAAAAACUUACCCCUGACGUCCCCUCGAUACGUUAAAACUGUGCCCCCUCAUGUUAGCCAUUUCAGCCCUGGGAAAAAGCCUCUGGCUAUCCACACAAUCAAUGCCUCUCAUCAUGUUAUACACCUCUGUGAAGUCACCUCUCAUCGUCCAUCGCUCCAAGGAGAAAAGGCCAAGUUCACUCAACCUAUUCUCAUAAGGCAUGCUCUCCGAUCCAGGCAAUAUCCUUGUAAAUCUCCUCUGCAUUCUCUAUGAUCUCCACAUGAGCUGCAUAGAUGAGCAGGGAGUUUCUGGGAGAGUUGAUGGGAACAUGAGGAGAAUGAACUUGGAUCUGCGUAGAAUUAGAGAGAACAGGUGAGGUCGAUGGUCGGCACGGACUCCUACCUCCAUGCUGAAUGACAAUGCACCUGUGAAAUUAAAAGCCUCUCCAAAAUUUAAUUGGACAUUUCAGUAUUUAUCCCAGCUGAUUAUGAGCUCUAUUUUAAGUUUCCUGUUGUGUUACACUUCACAGUUUAGGACAUUUCCUGCUACGUUCACAUGGCAACUAUUGGUGCGGAAACAUGGUGAUACCAGGUCGAGGCUCCUUAAUCCUGUGAAUGAUCACAGACAUAUGAACCUGCUUGAACUGUGAGUGGUUGUUGGAAUGAAAGCAGGAAAGUGAAUUGUAGAUCAGUACCAUUGGUCAGAUUGUUAAUGAAUGAAGCCACAGAAUCUUUCUCUAAAUCUUGGUUUCUAUCCAUAUGUGUCUAUAAAAUCAAAUGGAUCAAUAAAUGUUGGGCAUGC